AUGUUUAUCCGUCAUUCUAAACAUUUUGUAUGUUAUACUGGAGCAGGAAUAUCAACGUCAGCUGGAAUCAAUGAUUUUAGAGGUCCUAGUGGAGUCUGGACGGCCAAAGCAAAAGGAUUGGUUCCAGUUGCAUCUAAACAAAAUCCAGAGCCGACAAUUACACACAUGUCACUGGUGCAGCUAAUGAGAAAUGGAUACUUAAAGUUUCUCGUUUCACAAAAUUGUGAUGGUUUACAUCUGAAGAGCGGUAUUCCCGUGGAUAAGAUUGCGGAACUACAUGGAAAUAGUAUGGUUGAAGCAUGUGCAAAAUGUGGAAAAGUUUAUUAUAAAGGGAAACGAGUUCAACAUUCUAGAAAUAAGACAAGAUUAACAGGAAACAUGUGUAAUUCUGAAUGCGGUGGUAGUUUAAGAUGUACAACUGUUGCCUUCUCACAAUCAAUGCCAGAUGUUUGCUUUGAUAUAGCGGAAAAACAAUCAAAGAUGAGUGAUUUAAGUCUUUGUAUGGGUACAUCAAUGAGAGUAACACCUGCUUGUGAACUUCCAACAAUGGGAUUAAAACGUCGUGGAAAAAUGGUUAUUGUUAAUUUGCAAAACACACCCUAUGAUCAUCAGUGUGCGUUGCGUAUUUUUGCAAAAUGUGAUGAUGUUAUGAAAAUGCUAAUGAGUGAACUAGAUUUACAAGUUCCAGAAUGGCAAGAUUUGAACUUAGUUGAAGAUCAGGAGUGGAUGACUCAAUUUGACAAGUAUUGGCCCUUCAGAACUGCUGGAUCAACAGACUGGUUUGAUGGAAAUAUUUUUUAA